AUGAAAAUCUUGUCCUUCCUCUGCGUCUUUUCUCUGCUUGCUCUCUCCUCUGCUUUUCCUGCAGAUCCAAAAAUGAACCCUGAAGAAAGCAGGAAGCUCGCUCAGGCAUAUUUAGGUCAAUUCUAUACACUUGAAACAGAAGGGAGCCAUCUUGUUCAAAACAAGAGGAAUAGCCCCUUAGAUGGAAAACUGCGGGAAAUGCAAGCAUUUUUUGGAUUGACAGUGACUGGGACGCUUGACUCUAACACCCUUAAGAUCAUGAAACAGCCCAGAUGUGGGAUGCCUGAUGUGGGUCAAUAUGGCUAUACUCUACCUGGUUGGAGAAAACACAGCCUCACAUAUAGGAUAAUGAACUAUACUCCUGAUAUGGAAAAAUCUGAUGUGGAGGAAUCCAUCCAAAAGGCUCUGGAAGUAUGGAGCAAGGUGACCCCACUAACAUUCACCAGAAUUUCCAAAGGCAUUGCUGACAUCAUGAUUGCUUUUAGGACCGGAGUCCAUGGUAAAUGUCCUCGGCAAUUUGAUGGUCCACUGGGACUCCUGGGCCAUGCUUUUCCUCCUGGCUGGGGAAUUGGUGGAGAUACGCACUUUGAUGAAGAUGAAAAUUGGACAAAAGAUUCAAGUGGAUUCAACUUGUUUCUUGUAGCAGCUCAUGAGUUUGGUCAUUCCCUGGGUCUCUCUCAUUCCAAUGAUCCAAAUGCCUUGAUGUUUCCCAAUUAUGCCUUCAUUGAUCCCAGCAAAUCUCCCCUUUCUCAGGAUGAUGUCAAGGCCAUUCAGUCCAUCUAUGGAUCCUCACCUAAGGUAACUGCUAAGCCAAAGAGACCCACUAUCCCCCAAGACUGUGAUCCUAAUUUGACUUUUGAUGCUGUCACCACCUUCCGCAAAGAAGUAAUAUUCUUUAAAGACAGACAUUUGUGGAGAAUUUAUCCUGAAGCCUCAGAAACAGAAUUUGAAUUAAUCUCUUCAUUUUGGCCAUCUCUGCCAGAUGGUAUUCAAGCUGCAUAUGAAAAUGACAGGGAUGAAAUUUUGAUUUUUAAAGAUGGAAAUUUCUGGAUCAUUAAUUUACAUGACAUUCUGCCAGGUUAUCCCAAACCCAUCUACCACCUUGGCUUUCCAAGGCGCACAAAAAAGAUAGAUGCUGCUCUCUUUUACAGGAAAACAAGAAAAACCUAUUUCUUUGUUGAAGAUAGGUACUGGAGAUAUGAUGAAAUAAACCAAUUCAUGGAAAAAGGUUACCCUAGACGGAUAGCAAGACUCUUUCCAGGAAUUGGUCUCCCAGUUGAUGCUGCAUUUCAAUAUAAGAGGUUCUUCUAUUUCUUCAGUGGGACAAAACAAUUUGAGUUUAACCCUGAUACCAAGAAUAUAACUCGAGUUUUGGAGGCCAACAGCUGGUUCAAGUGUCAAAAAAUAUUAAACCCAUCACCUUAUGAUUUUAUCCAGGAAAAAAAUUCAAAUUCAAAUUCAGUACAAGUGAUUUCUCAAAAGAGUUUUAUAUUACUUGUUUACUGUAUCAUUUAUCUGCUGACAGAAAUCUACAGAUGAUAAAAAGAAUUGUCAAAUAAUAGAUAUGGAGGAGAUUACCAAAAGUCAUCAAUUCCAUAUUUGUGUCCCAAAAUAUGCCAAAAUUAUUCCAGAUGAAUGACCAUAAAUCCUUUCCUUAAAGAUUAAAGAUGGUAACUCUAUAUCCUUUGGGAGUUUCCAGAUUCACUGUUUUAUUAUGCUUACAUUAAAAAGUUCUCGCAUCUCCCAUAUGACAAUCUCAGUACUUUGUUGGCAUAAAUAAAAUAAAUAACAUUUGAGUAAGUGACCAAUAAUGACCAAAUACUAAAGACAUUUAUUAAACCAAUCUCAUAAUUCUUUUUCAAUUAGAUUAAAUAACCCUAACUAUAUAACUAGAGCUUAUAUGUGUUAAAACUGAGUAAUGUGUAAAUCGUACUCACAUGUACCUGAAAAAUAGAUAUUUUGAGCCAUGUGAA